UCAAGGAAUAAAUGAUCACUUUGAUUGUAAUUUAACAAUGGCUAAUUUUAAUUCCGGGAAUAUUCCAACUGAGUUUCCUAUGACCAAUAUUUACCAUAAUGUCAUGGUUUAUUUCAAGAAAAACGAAUCGAAUGAAUGCAACGAUAACGAACUAGGAACAGGGACCCUUUAUGUUACUGCAGACAUGACAGUAUGGGUCAAAAAAAAUGGUGAAGGAAACGGCUCCCCAUUCUACUUGAAUGAUAUUAACGAAGAGUCAAAAAAGAACGAUGCUAUUUUUGCUAAGAGGGUACUUGACAAACUGGAUGAGGAGAAGAAAGAAAGGGAAAAGCAGUAUGAUGAAAUCAAAAAUGAGUUUAAGAGGGUAGAAGAAAAAAACGCAAAGCUUGAAAGAGAGGUGGAAAAAUUCAAAGCGGAAAUCGCAGUGAGGAGCUGUGGAAGCAGCAUUAACCGGAACGAGUUGGAGAAGAAGGUGGAAGAGAAAGAUGAAAAUAUGGAAAGUGUACUAAAUACGCUAAGAAAGGAUAUAGAAAGCAUUGAAGAUAAAAUGAAGAAAGUGUUCGAAAUAACAGGGGAGAUUGCAGUAGUAGAGAAUAGAAUUGACGAGAUCGCAAGAUGGAAAGAAGAUACAGAAAAAGAAGAAAAGAAGAAUAACUUGAUAAUUUUCGGAUGGGAUAGCAGGGGUAUUGUAAACAAAGAGCAGGUCUCAAAGUUUUUCAUGGAAGAGUUAGGGACAAGUGUCACACCUGAAAAUAUAGAUGAGGUCAAAAGUAUAGGAAGAAGUGAGAGUAAGAUGAUUUGGGUUAAAAUGAAGACAUUGAAGAAUAAAAAGGAGAUCUUCGAGAAUAGAUGGAAGCUAAAGGGAAAAAAAGUUUUUAUUGAGAAUGACAGAACGAAAAAGGAAAUAGAAGAUCAAAAAGAGCUCGCCAGAAGAGCGUACAUAGCCAGACGAGAAGGAAGAAAGGUUAGAGUGGGAUUCCAGAAAAUGUGGAUAGAUGACGAGCUGUGGUUGUGGGACGGAAAAGAGAAGCUGCUAAGAAGGACAAGAAAAGGAGGUCAGUAAGAUGCGAAAAUAGUAAUGAGAGAAGGAAGAGGGUGGAUAUAAUAUUAUGGCAUUAGCUGGUCUGUUGGGGAAAAACGAGGGAUUUUGAGAUUUUAUUUGGAAGUUUGUUGUGAUGUGACUAUCGAAAACCUGGAUAGAGUAAAAAAGUUUGAAUAACUGGAAUAAGGGAUUACAUCGAGAAUGGAAGUGGAAGCACAAAACCGGCUAAGAAGUAGAAGAGGAAAGUAAAAGUCGAGGAAGAAAUUAUUACAAGAGUAAGAAGAGAAUCGGCGAAAGAAGAAGUAAAAGAGUGAAUAGAAAAGGCCUUAUGGAGAAGAGUCAAAAUUAAAGAUAAAGUAUGAAGUAUAAUAACUAUUCAAUACGAGGAUUGA